GUUAGCGCAGUGAUAGUGCAGCUGUAGGGGACACACCCAUUUGCUUCUAUCUGUGAAUUUGAUAUAUAUAUAUAAAAAAGCUUUCUUUGCCUAAGCGUGAAAUUUUCCCAAGUAAUUUUCCCAGAAAAAAACAAAAGGGAAUACAAGAAUGAAUAGUACAUCGCCGGCUCAUUCUUCGAUAUCGACCACAGCAAUUGUGGGAGGGAGUAGCAGCAAUGCUGCUUUGUCCACAGAAGAGUUCCACAUCCCACCUGAUCUCAUAUCUAUACAGGAGCGCAAAGACGAGGCUUUGCAUGUUUUAAAGUCAGAUCUGAUGGCUGCACUUGAUAAGGAGGUUAAAUCCUUGGAUGAAGAUAACUGGAAGUUUGAAGGACCUCGCUCCCGUAUCCACCUUAUAUCAAGGCGAGGUGGUUUUUUACACAAGCAGACAGGAUCAAAGAGCUGGAAAUUGGCUCCACCAAAGUGAUCCAUAAUUCUUAGAACAGAAGCUUAUUAUACUUGUGAUAAAUUAAGAGUACAGAGGUUGUAUGUGAAUCGCCAAAGGGGAUGAUGCCCUAAUGGGGGUAAGGUCUUGGUUCCAACCCUCAUUAUGAGGUCAUGAAAAGGUUUGCUACCAUUUAAAGAACAGGCAAGUUGAAGUCUUCUUGCAGCUUGAGACUGGUGUGUUUGUCUUCCAAAUUUGAGAUCGCAGAAGCCAGACAAGAAGUCCCAGAUCAAGGAUUAUGGUCAUUUGAGAAUCAGCCUAUGUUUCUCGGAUUACAGCCUUCAACUAGGGCGAUUGGCAAAUAAAAAAUAAUUAGGGCUCACAUUAUGUCAGAAAAUCAUAUCAUUUCAUGCUAAAAUGUCUAGUUUUUUAUUUUAUAUUAUCAUUAUUAUUAUUAUUAUUAUU